AGACCAGUAAGUUGUUUUUACAUCUCUAGCGGCAGAAAAGUGCAGAAAAUUUUCUGAAAAUUUCUAAAUGCAAAGUGAGAGAGUGCGUACAGUGAUACCUGUGUGCAAUGGAAGCGAGUCUAGAAGAGAGCAUGGACAGCGAGCACACCAGUUCGCCGAUCAGCAAGCCGGAGGCGAAGGAAUCCCCACCAGGAGUGGGCCUAAAUGGAAACGGCAAUGGUAGUGCCAGUGGCAGUGGCAGCCAAGAGGCCCCGAAUAAUGGCGUUGCUAUAGCCAAGGAAAAACCCAUCGAUGGCCAAUGGAGCAAGCCGUUUAAUGCAUUCAGUGGCCGACCCAUAGGGGAGCACUCAGCACGAGAGCACACACCGCAGCAGCAGGCUCUACAGCAGCAGCAACAGACACAACAGCAGCCACAGCAGCCGGUGCAGCAACAACAACCUCCUCCUGGAGCAAAUGGCGUGGCGGGACCGCCGGAAAUCUGGGUAGAAACGAAGGCGGAGGACGGCAGGUCCUAUUAUUACCAUGCGGUAACAAGGGAAACCACCUGGACCCGACCCGAAGGACCCGAUGUGAAGAUUAUGACCCAGGCCGAGGUGGAGGAAAUGGCCAAGAGACCUGCCCAGGCCGCCAAGGCGGAGGCCAAGGCCGUCGAGACGCCCGGAGAGAUUCCAGCGGUUUCGUCGCAUCUUACCUCGCAACCGCCGCCGCAUCUGAUGAGUCAGCCGCCACCGAAUGCGGCAGCUCCACUGCUUUCCCAGCCGCCACCCAAUGUGCGCCAACAGCCACCGCCCAUGUUCCAGCCACCCGGAAUGCAACCGCCUCCCGGGUUUGGACAGCCGCCGUUUUGCAUGCCGCCACCGGCGUACGGGUUUCCUGGGGGAGCGGCUCCAGCUGGAGCGCCCUGGGUGGGCGUGGGUGUACCGCCCUGGCAACAACAGCAGCACAUGCACGGCGGCCAGGACAAUAAGCCAGCCAAGUCGCUGAUCAUCAAACCCGGCGUUAUCGAUCCGGCAGUUAUUGCACGGGCAGCAGAAUGGUCAGAGCAUCGUGCUCCCGAUGGCAGGCCAUACUAUUUUCAUGCUGCUCGAGGAGAGAGUGUCUGGGAGAAGCCGCAGGCGCUGAGAGACAUGGAGGCCGCUCGAAUGGCUGCCCACUCUGGGGUGGCGCCUGCUGUGGCAACGGCUCCGACCGGAUUACCGCCCCAUCUGCUGCCCAAUCCCAUGAUGCAUAUGCCACCAGGCUCAGCGCCACCAGGAUUUGAUCCGCAUGCUGCUUUUGCGGCCGCUGCUGCAGCCAUGAAAGCGAAUGCGGAGAACAACAAAGCGGCCCAGGCUGCUGCUUUGGAAAAGGAGGCUAAGAAGGCGGCAGAGGAGAAGCGGAAAAAGGAGGAGGAGCAGAAGAAGGCGGCGGCCACCGCCAAGCAGACGGACAAAAGUCGACCGGUGACAAGUACACCCAUUGCCGGAACUCCCUGGUGCGUCGUUUGGACAGGAGAUGCCCGCGUCUUCUUCUACAAUCCUUCGACGAGAACAUCAGUUUGGGAUCGCCCCGAGGAUUUGAUGAAUCGGGAGGAUGUGGACAAGGCGGUUAACGAGCGACCCGAACAACUGAAGACCCCGCAGGAGAAGUCAGCCGAAGCGGACCAGAAAUCCAGCGACGAAGCCGCACAGGAGCAGACUCAAGCCCAAGUCCAAGCCCAGCAGCAAGAGCAGGUGCAACGGGUGGAACCGGAGGAUGACGACGACGAUGAGGUGAUCAAGAUACGCACUGAGUCCGAGUCUAGUGUGGAGGAAGUGCCCACAAAACGAGUGCGAAUGAUUUCAAAGUCAAAGCGGGCCGAGGAUGCCGCCCUAGAGGCGGAGCAGCGGGCGGCUAAGGAGCGGGCCCUGGUACCCUUGGAGAUGCGCGUCACCCAGUUCAAGGAGAUGCUUAGAGAGAAGGACGUGUCGGCAUUCAGCACCUGGGAAAAGGAGCUCCACAAGAUCGUGUUUGAUCCGCGAUAUCUGCUGCUGACGUCAAAGGAACGCAAACAGGUAUUUGAAAAGUAUGUCAAGGAUCGAGCAGAGGAGGAGCGUAAGGAGAAGCGGAACAAGAUGCGCCAGAAGCGAGAGGACUUCCGCAGCCUAAUGGAAGAAGCCAGGCUGCAUGGAAAAUCCUCGUUCUCAGAGUUCAGCCAGAAAAACGCGAAGGAAGAGCGGUACCGGGCCAUCGAGAAGGUGCGCGAGCGGGAGAGCCUCUUCAACGAGUACAUCGUGGAGGUGCGGCGGCGCGAGAAGGAGGACAAGCAGCUGAAGAAAGAGCAGCCACUAGCUAGCAGGUUACAGCACAAAUGCACCACCCAAAACACCAAAAUACACAACAGCAACAGCAUCAAGAACCACCUGUACAACCACCUCGACAGCCAAUUCCGCCCGCCGUCUGUCAUCGCCGUCCACUGAUCUACUUGACCCACGCACAUGCUUGCAAUCUGUGUGAGGAUGAUGCGAUGAUGUGAUGAUGUGAUUGGCAUUGGGAGUGAUAAUGAUGUUUGAAGUUCGCGUUGGGCUCUCGGAUGGAUGCCAACGAGCAGGAGACGGACAGAGAGAUUGUUCCAGAGCGAUUGUUCCAGAGCGACAGCAAUACAUGUGCAAGUGUCUGCGGCGCUGAGCAAACAGUAUGAAUAAUACUUAAUUUAAUUAACCCACUAUUUUCGUUUUGUUUACAAAUAAUGAAAGCACACAGCAGUUUGUCACCUGACAGAGGCAAGCCCAAGGAACCGAACUCAGCCAAUCCAAUCCAACCUGUGCAGACCAAAGACUCACGAGAUAUUAAAUCCGCAACAUCUCGAAUCUUUGCUCUCGCAGGUCCAGACAGCGGCCCAAAGCCGCUGAAAUGCUCUCUGCCCCAUAUCCUUACCGUAUACCAUAUUUUUACUGUAGAUCUAUCGACUAUUGUACCCUUCGGCCUUGCUGAAGUCUCAAAACCAUGGCCUGUAAAUUACGAGAGAGAAAAACGGGUUAGCUGGUCCGCUUUCGGUUCUAAACCCACACAAUCCUCAACUAUUGCUUGAUCUAACACCUGUAUUAUUUGAGACUUUGUUGUAUAUUUUAUUUUUAUCAAGCACCACUGUAUACAUGCAAACCUACCGCACAUAUUCUUAGUAUUAGAGUAUAAUUCACUGAGCAUUUACAUUUAAAUUAACCACAAUUUAAAACCUGAACUUCAUUCAUCUUAAAUGACAUUUAUUGUCAGCUGCAAAAAAAAAAAAAAAAAAAAAUUUAAUAAACCUUUAUCGGUAAUUUGGAGUAUGCACUUUUAUCAACCCUUCAGCUCUGUGAAUUGUACUGUUUUUAACCAUUUUCCUUUAUUUAUUUUUCCAUUUCUUGAUUGCGUGGUUCGAUUUGAGUCUGUUCCCACCCACUUCUCUCUCUGCUCACAGGACCUGAACUAAUCUUACGUUCUCUUUCAGUUAAGUCUCUGACAACUAAUCAAAACCCUUCUUUUGCAGGCUCAAAACAGUGUAACUAUGUUUAAUAGACUAAGAAACAGUAGCUCUAAGCUUUAGGUCAGACUAUUAAGUAAUAGAAUGUUAAGUGAAGGGCUCAUCAAUGCCAGACCUCUAAUUCUAUAUGUCUUUCGCAUUUCUCUUCUCUUCCGCAUGGCUGUCAUGUCAAUAUUCCUUUCACAUACACUCACAAACUCUAGAUCCGCAAGG